UAUAAUCUGUCGUCUACUGUUAUUUUUUUUCUGUUAUCUGUUAAUCCAAAGAAUAUUAAUCUGUUGGUAGUGUUGGUUUUAAAUGGUUUGGUUGAUUUCUCCUCUCUCUCGUUGAAUGGCCGACGACAGGGCCAAAAAUUGUCAAGUGGAAACGGAUUCGCAUGUUUAGAACUAUUUUUUUGGCUGGUACACAUACGAAUUUAUAUCCUAGAAAUGGCUGUUAAUGUAUAUUCAACAAAUGUGACCUCAGAGAAUCUCUCCAGGCAUGAUAUGCUAGCUUGGGUAAAUGAAUGCCUUCAAAGUAGUUUUGGAAAGAUAGAAGAGUUAUGUACUGGUGCUGCAUAUUGUCAGUUCAUGGACAUGUUGUUUCCUGGAUCUGUUCAACUCAAAAGGGUCAAAUUCAGAACAAACCUAGAGCAUGAAUACAUUCAAAACUUCAAAUUACUUCAAUCAAGUUUCAAAAAGAUGACUGUAGAUAAGAUCGUGCCGAUCGACAAGCUGGUGAAGGGCCGCUUCCAGGACAACUUCGAGUUCCUGCAGUGGUUCAAGAAGUUCUUCGACGCCAAUUACCGCGGCACCGAGUACGACGCGGCGGCGGCGCGCGGCGGCGAGCCGAUGGGCCACGGCGGCGCCAACGCGCCCAAGGGCCACUCGAUGCUGGCGAGGAGGCCGGUGCCGGUCGAGGCGCCGACGCCGGCGAAGGCGAAGCCGAUUGGGCGAGCUAUGCCCAAAGUGAAUUCCGUGAGACCAACACCUACUGCUAAACCAUCACAAAACAGAAUGGCAGGUGAUACUGGUAAAGUAGAAGAAUUAGCCAAUCAAGUAGCUGAAUUUAAGUUAACAAUUGAUGGCUUAGAGAAAGAACGUGACUUCUAUUUUGGGAAACUGAGAGAUAUUGAAGUCAUGUGUCAAGAGAGUGAAGAUGGCAAUCCUAUAAUCCAGAGAAUCGUAGAUGUUUUGUAUGCUACCGAGGAAGGAUUUGCUCCACCUGAUGAGGUGGAAGGUGGUGUUGGAGAUGAGGAUGAAUAUUGAGAGAAAAACAUGGCCUUUGAUACAAUCUCCUUAAAUUAUUUUUCAAAACUUGUAGCAACAUUAUUUUAAUUAUUAUCCAGUUAAGUUUAUAUUUGAUAGUUUUAUAGGUGUUGCUUACAAGGUGUGUCUGAUCAAGUUGUAAAUCGUUAAUGUUUCCACAUUCUUUUUUUAUAAAAUGUCACUGCUAUAUUUUACUGUUGUUUAAUUCGUCAUAUUUAUGCAAAUUCAUCAUGUCAUUAAAAACUCCAGUCAACUUUCAUCUAUUGAAUCUGAAACUUCCAUUACCUCUGAACUAGAAGCAGUCUGAGUCACAGCAGGUAAAAUUAAGAGAAAAUGUGUUUCAUGAAGUCGUCUGGGUUCUUUAUUUUUCAGUUAUUUUUUGAAGAUAAUAUGCCUGUCAUGUUUAGAAGCAGAUUUUCGUUUUAUGGAAAAUGGUGAUUUUAUUUUCCUGCCUUCCUAAGAUCUUUAAUUUCUACAUGCUGACUAAUCUAUGAUUCCUACUAACAAAAUUCAUUAAGAGGUGAGUGAUGCAUGUUUUUUAUUACCUAACAAAACCAUCAGUUCCUAAAUUUAUUCAUGUGAUACGACAUUCGAUCUAAAUUCCUACAGGAUGCUUUAAUUUAAAGAUAUUGC